GAAUGUGUUAAAUAAAAUUAUGAGCACACCUCUAUAACUGCAAAAGGAGACUUGGCCGAAGCAGCUCUCUGAAAUUGUCCGAGCCAGUACCGAGCUUCCCUGGGGUCUCCACCAACUUGACUGAGAAAAGCUUUGACGUCCCGGUAUAUCAGCCCUAACGAUGACAAUGAGCUCCAUGGCCGAAACUUUGGUCGCCCCCGAGCCCUCCAAGUCGGCCUUUUUGGAAUUCAGCGGCCACAGCUACCCCGGACACCAGCAGCCCUCCCCGGGAUUAGCGCAUAAUCAUUACCAAUUUCACGGUCUGCACGCAGCCACGCAGCACGACAGUCCGUUCCAAUCCUCGGCUCCCUCCUACGGCCGUCCACUCGGGUACCCGUCCUAUCACAGCCCGGUGAGCGCGCACCAACCCGGGUCAUUUUUGGCCUAUGGGGGCCACAGCAGACUGGAAGAGAAAGAACACGAGAAGCCCACCACCAUAUUAGAAAAUGGAGAGCUGCGUCUCAAUGGGAAUGGGAAGAAGAUCCGAAAACCUCGCACCAUUUACUCGAGUCUACAGCUGCAGGCCCUUAACCAGCGCUUCCAGCAAACCCAGUACUUGGCUCUGCCCGAGAGGGCGGAUCUGGCUUCUAAACUGGGCCUGACACAGACACAGGUUAAAAUAUGGUUCCAAAACAAACGCUCAAAGUACAAAAAGAUCAUGAAGACCGGGCCUUGUGGAUCAGAUGGAGAGCAGAGGUCUACCCCACUCCAGUCUUCCACCUCUCCCUGCUCAGUGUGGGACAUGAGCCUGCCACCUAAAGGGACACCAGUGCAUUCUGGUGGAUACAUGAACAAUUUUGGCCACUGGUACUCAGGACACCCGCAGGAAGCCAUGCCCAGGACUCAACUGAUGUGAAACAAAACCAGAAAAAAAAGGUUUCUAAUCUUAAUUUAUUGCUGCGAAAAGAACUGCCAGAGACACUGAGGCAGACAUUGGGAGACAGCAAAUAAAUGGGCGUCAGGAUUUUUAAAAAAGGGCCUUUUGAGGCACCUUUUGGUCAAGCAGCUAUAAAUAUACAGAAGUGCGGACAGGUACUGUACAUGGAAUGCUUGGUGAAUGGUGCAUCUAGGAGUUAUGUAUAGAACAUGCUUAUGAAUCAUACUUUGGCAUUAUGAAUCCACCCAAUAUUUUUGCUCUUUCAAUUGUCUGGUUUAUUGGGAUCUUUUAAAUAGAUCGAAAAACCGAAGUACGCAACAUAGUUCACACACAAACUUUAGCUAUUAUUAGCUAACGUAAAACAUGUUCUCACAAGAAGGAUAAUAGACAAUGUUAAUAAUGGAAAAAUAUGGGGACAUUACAAAAACAAUUUGCACUGAAGUUAACCUUGUUACCGUGCUGUGAAAUUUGCCCUAAUGUGAGUCAGGAAUUGUAGAAUAUCUUUGUUGUUACAAGGAAUUUUGUGCCUUAUG